AUGGGAGCAAAAACAGCUAUUGCAAAAAGUCCAGCUGUUCUAAUGGCGAAAUCUCCGUUGAUCCCCACUGCCAAAAACUUAUCUCUUUUAUCGAAAAGGACACCGUUACUUCCCAGUGCAAGAACUCCAGUGCCACCUUUGAAGAAAACUGCAAAAACACCAAAAAAGCACCCCAAACUUGAUGAUAUCAAAGACACUUCUAAGAAGUCAAAAAAGGACUUGAAGAAAGCAGCGCUUAGAAAGAAGGUUGUGCUGGGAAAUUUGAGUCGCGUGAUGUUUCGUGAGCCAUUUUGGCAUGAUAAAAUUGCUGCAUUUUCGGUGAUAUUGUCAUAUAUGAUCACUUAUGACGUGGUUGCGAAAUUCUUUCUUUAUACUCACGUUUUCGGAAUCACAUGGACUUUCACCUACGGUUUCUGUAUGCUGGUAGUUGGAUUUCCUAUGUGUUACCUAGAAAUGGCUCUUGGACAGUAUACUUCGACAGGUAUUUAUAUGGUCUUUGACAGAAUGACGCCGGCAUUUGUUGUUGGAUUUCCUAUGUGCUACCUAGAAAUGGCUCUUGGACAGUAUACUUCGACGGGUAUUUAUAUGGUCUUUGACAGAAUGACGCCGGCAUUUGUUGGUAUUGGAGUAAGCGCGCUCUUGAUCAACUUUUUAUCGGCAACCUUGGAUCUCUCUUUGUUUUUGAACGCUAUCGCAGUAAUUCACUGUCAUGUCUGGUCAAGAGAGUGUUCGACUUUGGGUGAAAUUCCUGCAAUCCCAAAAUAUCCCAAUAAAUAUAUUUACAAUAAUGGUGAAGAAUUUACUUUAGUCCUAACAGGAGAUACAUGUGUACGACCACCGUUAAAAAGCAUUCACAUUGGACUAAUGGAUUCAUCUCCAAAAACUCAGCUUGAGAAGUUUAAGAGCGCUGCAAUGGUGAACUGGGCGUAA